AUGAAUAAUAUUAAUGAAUUCAUAACUUAUAGAAGCAGAAGUCAUUAUUCUCCUUCAUAAUUAUCAUCUAGUUCACCUCUUUUGAAUUAGUAAUAUGAUGAGUUUGUUAACAAGAUAUAUGGUAAAACAAGAUAAAUAAAAAUACAUCAUCUCAUUCCUAAAUAAACCAAUAAAGUUUUUGAAUUAAUAAUUCCAUAAUAUGAAGAUGCUAUUUACAAAAAAAUGGAUGAUUAUAUAAAAAAUGAAAAGCUUAGUAGAAGAGAAACACGAAUUCAAGAAAGAAUCAUAGAAAAAGAGGUCAUUUAAUAAUAUAAGGAUAAAUAAUAAACAUAUAAAUAAUUGAUUCCUGAUUAGAAUUACAUCAAAAUAUUAAGGUCUUGUCAAAAUUAUAUACCAAAAUUUAAAUUUGACAGAUUCAAUAGUCCUAAUAAUGAUGAAAAUAAUGAAAAAUUAUUACUCAAGGCUAGUGAAUUACUUUAAUAAAGAUAAUAGAGACAUUAUAUUUAUAAAUAACAAUUAGAAUAUGAAAGGAAGAAGAAUAAAAAUUUAUUAAAAUAAAAUUAUUAUUAAGAAACUACUUAACGUAUACUCAGUCCUCUAAAGUUAAGAAAUAUAGAUUAAAUUAUACAAAAAUGUAAAGAAUAAAAUGA